GUUGAAUUUCGGUGGUACUGUCAGUUUUCCCGCGACGUUUGUUCAAUGCGGACGUCUGCUUGGAGUCGCCGUAAUGUAUCAUAUACGAUGUAAUGUCAAACGACGUACUGUUAAAUGAAUUAUGAAAGAAUUUCCAGUGUGCAGUGAAGUGAAAAUAUUACAUGUGUUUUUGAACGAAUACAAUCAGUGUAUAUUUCUUAUCUUUUAAACCAAUGCGAAUGACGAUGAUAAAUUAAGUUUUUUUUUUGUAUGAGAUAAUUUUUUAAUUAAUACUGUACAAGUGUGUUUUAGUUUGAAGUGGUUAUGAACGAAAUACGUUUUAUUGGAAUUACGUGUAAUUUACAAACAGAAUGUAAUGGAUGGAUUAUUUGAAAACGAAUAUAGUCGGAAAUGUUCGUCAGCACUCGAGGGCGCUAAUGAAGCAAUCCGCCAACGGGAUAUUGGAGUAGCAGUCGUUGGAACCGUCUCUAAAGUGCAAUAAAACAAUUCGCCUCUACCGCAGCAACUAAACGAGCUAAUACAAACUGUAUCGACCAGCACAAAAGAUACACUUUCCAAGAUACUAACAAUCCAAUGGCUCCAUUUGAAAUCGAAAGGAAAGUCCACAAAAUAUGUCAAUUAAAACCUAUUCUGGAUUGUAAUCAAGCGCGCCAAUACACAAGCAAAAAAUUACACGACGAAGUCGUAUUCCAGACUUGACUGCGUCAGCCGCUUCUAUGACCGCUAUACACAACGAAAUCAAUGUAUGGUAACGCCAGGAAAACGAGAUUAAACGUCACCCAGCCAAGGGUUUCGUAUGGCGACUUCAAAUAAUAAAUCCCACUCACUGCCUAGCUUUAUCGCUUUACCUUCGAGCCUUCUCAUACUGGUGUUCAUAGUUCUUUUGCAAAACAACGUUGCGGCCACAUCUGAUUUCACAGAAACAUCCCCGGAAUACGAUUACAUAUUGACCAAUAACUCGACCCUGAACUGGACGUUUUUCGAAGGAAACGCCAGUCACAAGCCGGUGCACAUAAAACAUUCAAAAUACUCCGCCCCCGUUUCAAUUUUCUUAUCAUUGUUGUUUUUGGUCGUGAUAGUUGGAACGAUUGUUGGUAAUAUCCUAGUUUGUGUGGCCGUUCGACUGGUCAGAAAAUUGAGGAGGCCGAGUAAUUAUUUAAUAGUAUCACUGGCGGUCAGUGAUCUGUGUGUCGCAAUCAUAGUCAUGCCAGUAGCCACUGUAUACGAUAUAAUGGGAUCUUGGCCCUUUGGACCCGUAAUUUGCGACUUUUGGGUAUCGAGUGAUGUUUUGUCGUGCACCGCAAGCAUCCUGAACCUCUGCAUGAUCUCAGUGGAUCGAUACUACGCGAUUACAAAACCAUUAGAAUACGGCGUGAAGAGGACACCGAGGAGGAUGCUAUUUUGUGUUUUCAUAGUAUGGAUAAGUGCAGCUUUCAUUUCUUUACCACCAGUUUUAAUACUAGGCAACGAGAAGACUGAGACCUCGUGUUCUGUUUCCCAAAAUCAGUAUUACCAAGUUUAUGCUACGUUAGGAUCCUUCUAUAUCCCGUUGACUGUUAUGGUAAUUGUGUAUUACAAAAUAUUCAGAGCGGCAAGAAAAAUAGUGAAAGAUGAGAAACGUGCUCAAUCGCAUUUAGAAGCGCAUUGCUAUCUCGAGAUUAACGUUAAGAAUGGAGGAGCGACCGAAGCGAAACUUCUCGGCGCCCAGACCACGACUCAACCGCCAAGAGGAUCUACAGCGAGCACUAACACAACUUGCAGCGUUGAGAAAACCGAAAGCGGGAUUGGACGGUGCUUUAGUGGCCAGCGGAAAUCAAAUGAAUCCCAGUACCCGAUGCUUCACCAACCAAAGACCCCAACUAAACCUAUUCACACUAUAAAUCGAUCUCCAUCUACACUAACACCAAACAACAAGCUAUUAGUUAAAGAACGAAGUCGCGAGUCGUCGGAGAGUAGUAACAAGAUAAAUACAAACAGAAUUCGCUCAUCCCUCUCUAAUUUUGCUCAAAAAAGUCAUAAAGCCAAAGAUAUGUUCCAAACGCAGUCGCCGCAUCAAAAGAAGCUGCGGUUUCAACUGGCGAAAGAGCGGAAAGCCUCCACGACCCUCGGGAUUAUUAUGUCAGCGUUUAUAGUUUGCUGGUUACCGUUUUUCGUGCUGGCCUUACUCAGGCCGUUCCUGAACGAGGACGCUAUCCCGGAUGCAGUGAGCGCUCUAUUCCUCUGGCUGGGCUAUUUAAACAGCCUACUCAAUCCAAUCAUUUACGCGACAUUAAACAGGGACUUUCGGAAGCCUUUCCAAGAGAUUCUGUUCUUUCGAUGCUCGAACCUGAACCACAUGAUGCGCGAGGAGUUCUACCACAGCCAGUACGGAGAUCCGGACCAUUACUGUGUAAACAACACGACGAAGCUAAAUAACUACGACGAAGGAGUCGAAAUAGUUUCGGCUGUCGACAGAGAGGAGACAAGAGCAUCAGAGAGCUUUCUAUGAUUGUCAAUACCGGAGGUCCAAACUCGAGACCUGGAUACUGUGAUUUAAUAAAGACUAAUCGAGUUUUUUUUAAAGUGUAACGUCAUUUAACCUGUGUUAUCAUUUCUUUAAGGUUUUUUUGAAAUAAUCGUUUAUUAUAAAAGGCUGUUUAAAUACGACUAGUCGUGACUUGUAAAUAUGUACCUUCUGGAACAUUCGUUUCUCUUGUCACAUACAAAUUCGUGUGGUACACGAUGUACAGGUGUAUUCGUAAUUAUAAGCAUUCUGUAGAUAUCGUAGGUAAUUAGCAUAAUUAAUUUAUUAAAGUUUCGUAAUUGACCAAAGAGGUAAAUUUAAUUUACGCGAACUAAGUGUCGUAAGUAAAAUAUAAGCUGUUGUGAAUUUAAUAAUGUUUUAAUUAUUUUAAUUUGUUUUUGAAUAAUUCUAAUUUAUGUAUUGACAUUUGGAAUUCGUGGUCGCGAUAGUUAAUUCUUGUGAUAAUAGUAAUAGCGGGUACGUUAUUAAUACUGCACAAUAAUUUUGUACGAUACUUGAGUCGUCUAUUAUCAAAGGUGGCAAUCUGUACAUUUGGACAAAAAAAUGUUAUUGUUAUGUCAAUACAGAUUGAUUUGAAUAUAAUCGUCUCCUUCAAAGAAUACGGUUCAAAACCUGCAUUAAAUAAAGGUUAAUACUUAACCAGUUAUUUAUCUAAGAUGUCGUUCAGAAGAGUUUUGUGACUGCCAAUGGAAUACAAAGUCAAUAAUUCGUUUUUCUGAUUUCCCAAUAAUUGUCCAAAAGUCACAUUGCCGGCUUUGAUAAUAGUCGACUCACUUGAAUGUUCUAUCCCACGUAAAGAUGAAUUUAAAAAUACCAAAUAUAGUUACGGAAUAUAUGCAUUCGCAAUAAUUUUUGUUCUUUUGUAAUCUUGUAAGUAAAUGUAUGAAAUAUGAAUAAGCUGCAAAUAUUUCAUUUUGAUAUAUGGAAAUGAAAAAUUUAAAAAUUUCGUAAUAGGCCAGACUUAAAAUAAAGUACACGGAUUCGGUAUUUAAUGAAGUGUAAAUAAUGCUUAGUUGUAAUUUAGUUCAAAUAAAUAAUAUGAACCUAGAUUUAAUGUAGACAUAGUGAUUCGCAGUAACUGUGUGGGGAAACUACGCUUGGAAAAAAAAAUGUUUGGAAAUUCUAAUCGAUGUUUUUAUUCAAAUAAAUAAUAUAAUAAUAGAUAUACCAGUUCUCUUGUUGUAGUUUCUUUCCAGUUGUGAAUAUGAUUGUUGUGGGGUAGUUUCUUAAUGUGUAAUUUUAGCCCAAUUUAGUAAUUUUGAAUCGUAUUACGAAUUAUUUUCAGUCCGUAACUGAUCCUUCUAAGCAUGACCAAAUUGAUAAAUUUAUUAAAGGCAUUAAAAUACCCGCCACGCUUGGCAAUCAAAUUGAAAUAUACUUUAGCAGAAUAUUGCAAAUAUACCCAAUAGGGAUUGCCAGCAGGAAAAAAACUGAGACGCUAUUUGCACAAAUGAUACACAUGAAAAUUUACAUAUUAAUAUGAAAUUAAAUAAAAAAAGUCUUAUGUCGGCCAAAAAAACAGAUUACGUUAAUCAUAAAUAGAUCAAACCGAUGGAAUGGUUUUUUUUUUACUAAAUAGUACAAUAGACAAAUAAUGAUGACACAAUGCAACAUAUAAAUAAUUAAUACAAAAUAAAAAGGAAUGCAAAUACUGAAAUUGAUAGAUUCUUACCACAAUCUUUAAUUUAAUUGGCUUGGAAAAUUGAGCCCCGUUGCAAGCGUCAUGAUUAUGAAAGAUUAAAAACUGAUAGUAAGGUUGAAGAAGGUGGUAAAAAAAUAAUAGAAUAUUAGGAGCCACUGUAACUGCAUGUAAUAACUAAUCCUUUCGAAAAUAUAGGCAAUCAUCGAAAUAAAUAUGCUCGUAAAGAAAAAGAAUGCAGAGAUUUAAACAAUUUUUUACUAUGGCUUUAGCUUUGUUUGUAACGUACAGUUAAACAAACCAAAUACUUAAUUUAAUGAUGCGACAAAGACCAAAUGCGGACUGGAAAUCCAAUACAACCUACAAUAAGAUAAAAAAAAAAGCGUGUGGCACUCGGGAACUGCCGCGGUAAAGCUAUUGCAUAGCAUUUUUUAUCAACUUAUGCAAUUAUAAUUAGACAGUGAUAAUUUAAUAUUAAAACAAUAAUAAAACAAGACCACGCUAUAUUAAACAUUAAUAAAAGCAAAACCUUAACUGUUCCCUUCACACUUAUAAGCUAGACCGCGCGAGAGAGAGAUGGGCAGACUUUUCAUGAUGUGCAUGCAGUGUGACGUCACGCCACGCGCUUAUUCACAAACACUACACAAGCGCAACGUGUGAAUGUGUUGAACGCGAGCUACAUGGUAGGCGGAGUGAGGGGUGUAAGGUUUUUUUCGUUACGGAAUUUCAUGUUUCGGUUGCUGCGCUCAAGGCCCCCGAUAAAAGCUAUGCAAUAGCUUAAACAGAAUGUGUACAUAACUAAAUAUUUAAAAUACGUUCACACUCAUUAGAUAACAUACUGUUCAAAACAAAAUAUUAUAAUAAUUAUUAUUUAUCUGCCAUAAAAUGUAAAUUAAUACCUACAUCAAAGACGUUACGAAAUAUAUUUGGUUUCACAUAUACAUACAAAACCAUAUACUAAUAUCUGCAAAUGUGUGUAUAUCUAUAAAAGUGAUCAAAAUAAUGCUGCAACUCGGGAUAUAUGUAUGGCAACUUACACAUAAACAAUUGUACUCAUUCUCAUGAUUAAUCUCGUUACCGCUUAACUGGGACGUAACAACCGAAAUUACAAAAAUCGAUUAUGUGAUCCUUAUGCCACUGAAAAUAAGGAUAGAACAUAUUUAUCCAGAGCUGUUGAGCGUACGAGGUCACUGAUUUCUAGGACUAAGUUUCUCGCCGAAACAAAGCGUGAUAGAAAUCUGAAAUGUAAUAAUGUAAUGUGUUAUUGCAGCACUGCCCACCAACAAUUACGGGAGUCGAUUAAUUCUACGGGUUAAUCGGACCUAAAGUUUUUCUCAGUCUAGCUUAUACACUAUAAGGGCAUUGAUUUUGAUCGGAACUAUAAAUGGUGACGUAAAAAAUCUUAGAUAUGCAAUAGGAUACGCUUGCAUUAAAACACGCCUCAAAAUUAAUCUUGUAUAAAUAACCUAAAUAAAAUGAUAAUCACUUACGUAAAAUGCACUCAAUUAAUUUUUGAAUCGUCACUAUGAUAAAUUUGAAUAUAGAUUUCAAUGUAAAUAGAACUUUAACGUGAGCUCUUACAGUACAAAAUAUGUUUAGUUGCCUUUCGGUAUCAUAUUGUAGUAAAAAAUGUUUCUAUGUAAAUUGUGCGGGUAGUUUGAAUAUCUACCUUGAAUAGGACUAGUGUAAGUUUUAUUUAAAAAAAAAAACUAUGGUCUCUUUUGGUAACGUUGUAAUUUUCUUAAGUAGAAUCCUGAAAGUGAUGAAAUAAACAACGUUAGAAUAUAAA